AUGGCGGCCUGGAACGAGGUAUGUCGCCAAUGCGUCAACACCGUCGCCAAUGUUCCAAUCGAGAUCCUACUUGCAGCCAUCCUAGCGACACUACUCGGCCUCUUCGUUCUGUUCUUCAUCUUCAUCUACACCGUCGCGCCCGUUCCACGCGCACCCCUCCCCGAAGAAACCAAAUAUAGAACCCUCUCCAAAGAUGGAUCCGUCACAACCCCCGAAUCCCUCCCAAGCUGGCUCGAAUCCUCAACCGCCCACGCCAUAACCCCAGCCACCCUCUUCAUGUCCGUCGUCAUCCCCGCCUACAACGAAGAGGACCGAUUGACAGGCAUGCUCGAAGAAGCAGUCAAUUACCUGGAGCGCAUGUACGGCACAGCCACAGCCAGCGACGGCCUCCGCAACCGCAAGCCCGAGACCGCAGACCGCGGCUGGGAAAUCCUACUCGUCUCCGACGGCUCGACUGACAAUACCGAGGAGGUGGCGUUUCGAUUCGCGCGCGACCACCAACUCUCGUUGCAUCCGAAGGGGAGUGCGGGGCCUUGGACGCCGGAGGCUGGCGAGGGCGUGCAUAUUCCGCCUGGUACGAUUCGGGUUGUCAAUCUGAUGCAGAAUCGUGGGAAGGGUGGGGCUGUUACGCAUGGUAUGCGCCAUGUUCGUGGUCAGUUUGUGGUUUUUGCGGAUGCGGAUGGCGCGAGUAAGUUUGAUGAUUUGGGGAAGCUUGUUGGGGCUUGUCGGGAGGUGGAGGAUGGGAAGGGACGUGCUGUGGCGGUUGGUUCGCGUGCGCAUAUGGUUGGUAGUGAGGCGGUGGUUAAGCGUUCGAAACUGCGCAAUUUCUUGAUGCAUUCGUUCCACUUGAUUUUGUGGUUGAUGACGCCUCCUAAGACUGCUACGGUUAAGGAUACACAGUGCGGUUUCAAACUGUUUUCGCGUGGCGCUUUGCCGUAUAUUGUUCCCUAUAUGCAUUCCGAAGGCUGGAUCUUCGAUGUGGAGAUGCUUAUGCUGGCUGAGUUUGCCAAGAUCCCCGUGGCUGAGGUGCCUGUGGGGUGGAGAGAAGUGAAAGGUAGCAAGUUGAAUGUCUUGCGUGACAGUAUUGGCAUGGCCUGGGGCUUGGCUGUUCUGCGGGCAGCUUGGUCACUAGGUGUGUAUAGACAGCGAUGA